CCGUGGCAGCUGCAGGGCUCCAGGCCCCGGAGCAUGCGCGACAGCCGCCCCGGAUCCCUCAGCCGCGGCGCCCCGCGUCCCGCCGCCAGCGCAGCCCCGGACGCUAUGGCCCACCCCUCCGGCUGGCCCCUCGUGUAGGAUGGUGGCACGCAACCAGGUGGCAGCAGACAAUGCGAUCUCCCCGGCAGCAGAGUCCCGACGGCGGCCAGAGUCCUCCUCAUCCUCGUCUUCAUCCUCGCCGGCGGCCCCCGCACGUCCGCGGCCCUGCCCUGCGGUCCCGGCCCCGGCCCCUGGCGACACUCACUUUCGCACGUUCCGCUCCCACUCCGAUUACAGACGAAUUACGCGGACCAGCGCGCUCCUGGACGCUUGUGGCUUCUACUGGGGACCCCUGAGUGUGCACGGGGCGCACGAACGGCUGCGUGCCGAGCCCGUGGGCACCUUCCUGGUGCGCGACAGUCGCCAACGGAACUGCUUCUUCGCGCUCAGCGUGAAGAUGGCUUCGGGCCCCAUGAGCAUCCGCGUGCACUUCCAGGCCGGCCGCUUCCACCUGGACGGCAGCCGCGAGACCUUCGACUGCCUCUUCGAGCUGCUGGAGCACUACGUGGCGGCGCCGGGCCGCAUGUUGGGGGCCCCUCUGCGCCAGCGUCGCGUGCGGCCGCUGCAGGAGCUGUGUCGCCAGCGCAUCGUGGCCGCCGUGGGCCGCGAGAACCUGGCGCGCAUCCCUCUUAACCCGGUACUCCGCGACUACCUGAGUUCCUUCCCCUUCCAGAUCUGACCGGCCGCUGCCGUGCCCGCAGCAUUAAGUGGGGACGCCUUAUUAUUUCUUAUUAUUAAUUAUUAUUAUUUUCCUGGAACCACGUGGGAGCCCUCCCCGCCUGGGUCGGAGGGAGUGGGUGUGGAGGGCGAGGUGCCUCUGGCUUCUGGCCGGAGACCCCAUCCCGCCUCUCGGGGGGGGCCUUCCCCUCCUGGUGCUCCCUCCGGGUCCCCUGGUUGUAGCAGCUUGUGUCUGGGGCCAGGACCUGAACUCCACUCCUACCUCUCCAUGUUUACAUAUUCCCAGUAUCUUUGCACAAACCAGGGGUGGGGGAGGGUCUCUGGCUUCAUUUUUCUGCUGUGCAGAAUACCCUAUUUUAUAU